AUGUCAAAUUUUCCCAUCGGCAACGCAAUUCUCUUGCUAAGGGUAAGUGUUUCUUUCGGAUUUCCGGUUAAAUAUCAAUGACAUGUUUUUGUGUGUUUCAGAUUUGCUUGAUAUUGUUGAUUUUACAAACAGCGACCGCCCAGUUAUUUGCGAAAAGUGAAGAAUGUUAUGAUACGAAUGGAGCGCCGUUGAAUUGUGGGUUUCUGGAAAGCAAUUACGUAAUAUCACGGCGACCAAAAGUGUAGAAAGGGGCGUGGCCUAAUCUGAGACGCGUUUUCUGAAAAUUGCCGCAAUUCCAGCACUUUUCCGAUAUUUUUGUGUUUGAUAUCGACGAAAGAAGACAUUAAAGAGAGAAAACAUUGAAAUUUUCGUGAAAACGCCGCCGCGUUUGAGACGUUUUUGGCAAAUUUCGCAAAAUAACAAUUUCGGAAUUGCCAUACCGGCCGAUGUGGAUAAUUUUGAGACGAAGUGAGUGUCGGAAGUGAUUGAGCACGUUAAUACAAGUAUUUUAAGCGUUCAAACGACAAAAAGUAUCGGCGAAUGACUGAAAUUCGCGCAUUUUCAGCACAAAACUUAAAAUCGAUUGAAUUGAUUUAUUGCUGAAUGAAACCUGCUCGUUUUGAGCUCAAAAAGUGAGCGAUGAUUAGUUUAACAAAGUUAUGCAAUUACAUCGUCGAAGUCGUGCAAAAUUCGGGUAAUUUUUGACGAAAAACAUGAAAAAUGGGGUUAAAUUUCGAAUUUCGCGCCAAAAUGGUGAUAAACCGUGCACGCUAGGCCACGCCCCUUUCUACGUUUUUGGUCGGCGUGAUUACAGGAUUUUUUUCCCGAUAAAACAAUUUUUUCAGGCCCCAGCAAUAUAAUUUACUAUUUCGAGUGUUGUGCAAAUGAGUGUUGUUUAAGAACGCAGGUAUUGCCUUUUUUUAGUUAAUUUUUUAAUGAAACAGUUUAAAAUUUUCCAGAUUCUUCCGGCCAUUGUCAUCGCCUGCGUCGCCACAGUCAUGACCAUUUUUUGUCUCGUUUCCUGUGUCGCAUACUGUUGUUGUGGAGAAUAA